AUGGGGCUGAAUGAUUUUAUCAGCAUUUAUGAAGGCAAGGAAUUGGCACAGAAAUAUCAUAAAUAUAGGACAACAAUUCCGCCACAUGUUGCCGAACAAGUUGUUGGACGUUUGAGACAAUGCAAAGGAGGAUCUGCUGAGAAAACAUUUGAUCGCAUGUUGGAUGUUGGCUGUGGUAGCGGACAAGCAAUCAAGUCAUUCAGUCCCUAUUUCAAACAUAUUUUAGGAGUCGACAUCAGUGCCGAACAGUUGGAAGUGGCGGAAGAUGUGAACGAAUUUGACAAUGUAACGUAUAAGAAAAUGCUUGACAACAAUCUUCCUGUCGGGGAUAAUUCUAUCGAUCUAGUUACAUGCGUGGAUGCUGCUCAUUGGUUUGAUAUCGAGUAUUUUACUAAAGAAUGUCAGAGAGUCUUGAAACCUGAUGGUUGUGCAGUAAUUUACGUUCGUUUAGAAGCUUCCAUGAUACUUCUUCCAGAGAAAAAGGUUUCUAACCAAAAAGAUUUAGACUACCAAUUUGACCAGCUGAAUCGACAGUUCCUGAAAGAUAUCAACGGACACGAAAGAAAUAAUCUCAUUCUAGAACGCUACGUUCCACUAUUCAAAAAAAUACCAACUAAGGCGAAGUCUUUCUUAGAUGGGAUGCAGUUUACUGUUGAUUGGACUUUGAGAAACUAUCGCGAGUUUUGGACGACAAAGGGAGAAUAUUAUGCUUUGAUGAAGAAUAAUCGUCCAGACGUUGACCCACUUGAUAUUUUCAUAGAGCGGCUAAAGAGAUUUCUUGGAGCGGAGAGAAAGAAUGAAGAUGAUAUAAAGACCAGGAUAACAUAUGAUCUACCUGCAAUUGUUAUCACAAAAAGUUGA